AUGCUAUCGAUAUACACUCUCGCAGCGCUGGUCGCCAACGCCGCUGCCCUGGCCGUCUCGGGCACAGCAGAAGGCUUCGCGAAGGGAGUCACAGGCGGUGGCUCUGCUUCUCCCGUCUACCCAAAAACCAACGCAGAGCUGGUCUCGUACUUAGGCGACUCCUCUCCACGCGUCAUCAUCCUGCAAAAAAACUUCGACUUCACUGGAACCGAAGGCACAAGCUCCGAAAAUGGAUGUGCGCCGUGGGGAACGGGAGCCACUUGUCAGCUAGCCAUCAAUCAGAACAACUGGUGUACGAACUAUGAAGCCUCUGCGCCUAAAGCAAGUGUGUCGUACGACAAAGCGGGCAUCAUUGGUAUCACGGUUAAAUCUCAGAAGACUCUGCUGGGCCAAGGUACUACCGGUGUGAUUAAAGGCAAGGGCCUACGCAUCACUGGCGGUGCAUCCAACAUCAUUAUCCAGAACGUUCACAUUACCAACCUGAAUCCGCAUUAUGUCUGGGGUGGUGAUGCGAUCACGCUUGAUGGCGCAGAUAUGGUCUGGAUCGAUCAUGUCAAGACAUCCCAGAUCGGCCGCCAGCACAUUGUCCUCGGCAACGGCGCCUCAAACCGCGUAAGCAUAACCAAUAACGAAAUCGAUGGCUCCUCGACUUGGUCCGCUACCUGCGAUGCCCACCACUAUUGGGCAAUGUACUUCACCGGCAGCAGCGAUCUCGUCACGCUAAAGGGCAACUACAUCCACCACACUAGCGGACGCAGUCCCAAAGUCGGCGGGGCUGGUAACACACUGCUCCAUGCAGUCAACAACUACUUCUACGCCAACAGCGGACACGCUUUCGAGGUUGGUACUGGUGGUUCUGUCGUUGCUGAGGGGAAUGUCUUCCAGAAUGUUGUGAAUCCUAUCGACAGUGGGACGAGCGGCGGACAGAUCUUUACGGCUCCGAGUGCUUCUGCGAACGCUGCUUGUUCUGCUUCGCUUGGUCAUACUUGCCAGGUCAAUGCCUUUGGGAGCUCGGGGUCGUUUGGUAGUUUAGGCUCGACUGGCUUCUUCUCCAACUUCAAGGGCAAGAAGGUUGCUUCUGCGAGUGCGGCUUCGAGCGUGGUGGCUAGUGUUGGGAAGAAUGCAGGGUUUGGAAAGUUCUGA